ACUUCUUUGGGCCUCAUAAACAACCACAGAACCACAAGUUGGGUACGGAGGCAGUCACCCAAGAGCGGGUCCGGGAUAUUGGUCAGCAGGGAGGGCGAAUCGUUGUGCCUGCAAACCACAGGGUUUCGGAGGGUGGUGGAAGAAACCCUAAAUUCCCUCCCAGUGAAGAGAGAGUGAGUUUUAGAGAGGAAACAAUGGCUUCAAACAGCAUAUUUGAGUCACUUCCUUCUUACCAGCACUUCUUGAGAGAUACCAGCACCAGCCGCCGCUUCACGCCGCCCUCCACCACGCUGAGCCCGGGGAAGAUGAGCGAGCCGCUGGCGCUGCCCGGCGCCGAGCACAGCGGGGCUUUGCCGGGGAAGCUGCGCGGCGCCGACCGCAGCAUGGUGGAGGUCCUGGCGGAUCACCCCGGGGAGCUGGUGCGCACCGACAGCCCCAACUUCCUCUGCUCCGUGCUGCCCACGCACUGGCGCUGCAACAAGACGCUGCCCAUCGCCUUCAAGGUGGUGGCCCUGGGGGACGUCCCCGACGGGACCCUGGUGACGGUGAUGGCCGGGAAUGACGAGAAUUACUCGGCGGAGCUGCGCAACGCCACGGCGGCCAUGAAGAACCAGGUGGCGCGCUUCAACGACCUGCGCUUCGUGGGCAGGAGCGGCAGAGGGAAAAGCUUCACUCUGACUAUCACAGUCUUCACAAACCCUCCCCAAGUAGCCACGUACCACAGAGCCAUCAAGAUCACCGUGGAUGGACCUCGGGAACCCCGAAGACAUCGGCAGAAAAUAGAUGAGCAGACAAAGCCCGGCAGCUUGUCCUUUUCUGAGCGCCUGAGCGAGCUGGAGCAGUUGCGUCGCACGGCCAUGAGGGUCAGCCCACACCACCCAGCCCCCACACCCAAUCCUCGAGCCUCCUUGAACCACAGCACAGCUUUUAACCCUCAGCCUCAGAGUCAGAUUCAGGACACCCGGCAGGUGCAGCCCUCUCCGCCCUGGUCCUACGACCAGUCCUACCAGUACCUGGGCUCCAUCGCCACGCCCGCCGUGCACCCGGCCACGCCCAUCUCACCUGGCCGGGCUGGCGGCAUGACCUCGCUCACGGCCGAGCUCUCCAGCCGCCUCUCGGGAGCGUCCGACCUGACGGCGUUCAGCGACCCCCGGGUGGGCAUCGACCGCUCCUUCCCGGCGCUGCCGUCCAUCUCCGACCCUCGCAUGCACUACCCGGGAGCCUUCACCUACACGCCCACGCCCGUCAGCUCCGCCAUCGGCAUCGGCAUGUCGGCCAUGUCCACGGCCACCCGCUACCACACGUACCUCCCGCCGCCCUACCCCGGCUCCUCCCAGGCUCAGGGCAGCCCCUUCCAGACCAGCUCCCCCUCGUACCACCUGUACUACGGCACCUCGGCCGGCUCCUACCAGUUCUCCAUGAUCUCCGGCGGGGACCGCUCGCCGCCGCGCAUCCACCCGCCCUGCACCAACGCCUCCACGGGCUCCGCGCUGCUCAACCCCAGCCUGCCCAGCCAAAGCGACGUGGUGGAGGCCGAAGGCAGCCACAGCAACUCGCCCACCAACAUGGCCAGCACGGCCAGGCUGGAGGAGGCCGUCUGGAGGCCGUACUGAGGAGGUCGGCAAGGAGCUCGAGGGUCAGGACUAACGCACUUCCCAUUGCCCGGCGCCCGGAGGGAUCCCAGAAACUUCCCUGCGGGCCCUGCCGCGUUCAUCCGCGAGUUUCGGGAGCAAACCCUUCGGAAGUCAGCGCUCCCAGGGGCGGUGGCUCUCAUUGCCAGGCCCUGGCAAAGAAUUCCCGGCAGGAGAACGAGCUUCUGGGAAGGAGGACGCCCCAGCUGGUGGUGCAGAGGUAGCGAGGGUGGGUAGAAGGGUAUCCAGCCUGAUUCCAGGCCUGUGGCUUCCCAACGUGCCUGGGCUUGAAGGUCUCCACAGCCCUAAAAGAGAGUUUCGGUUCACUUCUAUUUUUAAGACUCAAAACCUUAAAAAAAAAAAAUACAACAAACAAAAAA